AUGGCUGAUACGAGAACUCGGAAGGCGAAGGACCGGCUCUUGGCUGUCGCCAAAGGCCUCCAACCGCCAGACUCAAUGCCGAAAGACUUCAUCGAGAGACUGACCGCGUGCCUUGUGGCUGACCCUCUACUUCCGAGGCCUAAUCCAUCGAUCUCACUCUGGCAAGAACCCCCUCACCCCACCUUGGCAACCGUUCAGUCCCCCAAUCUCCCUAGCUACGCCGACUUCGUUGUCAUAGGCUCAGGGAUCACUGGGUGCAGCGUCACAAAGAGCCUAUUGGGAAACGAGGUCUUAGGCUCCGGUGAUAAUCCAAGCCAAGUUGUUGUCCUAGAAGCUCGGAAUCUUUGCAGUGGUGCCACGGGCCGUAAUUGGGGCCAGCUCGUCAGUCCCGUCGGUCAAACGUUCGCGGGUCUGGUCGAACACUUUGGCAAAGCGACUGCGAUGGAGAUGGCUCGAUUUAGCCUCAUGAAUAUUGAGCGUGUGAUGUACAUGGUAAGAGAUAUAGGACCGCAGAUCCAGACAGAGAGCGAAAUUCGAGAUCUGGUCAAAGUUAUGGUACCUGAGACUGAGUUCGCGUGGCUUGAAUCGCUGAGCUCGUUGGAGGAAUUCCGCGAAGCGUUUCCAGAGCACAAAUAUCUUCACAAGGUUUUCGAGCAGAAGGAGUUGGUCAAGGAAUGGAACGUCAAGGUUGGAUUUGGCACGAUCGUUCACAAAGCAGGUGCCAUAUGGCCAUAUCGAUUGAUCACUGGAAUCUUUGAAAGUCUUCUGGGCCAGUAUCCCAAUCGCCUGUCUAUCGAAACGAACACUCCAGUUACCGCCAUUUCCCAGUCUUCCUCUCCUCAAGAAGAGACAGCCAACACGACAUAUAAGUACAAGAUUACAACUCGAGGAACUGUGCAUGCAAAGCAAGUCAUUCACUGCACCAACACCAACGCUUCGCAUCUUCUGAAGCCUCUAAGAGGUAAGAUGUACCCGUACAGAGGCACGAUGUCAGUCCAGAAAGCCGGCAAACAUCUGGAGAAUGUCGGGAACAGCGCCUCCUGGAGCUUGCUGAAUAAGCCUAUGUUGGAUCACAACACAGGAUUUUAUGAUGGCGGCCUGUACUACUUGCAACAGAACGGGUUGACGGGAGACAUUUGGGUUGGAGGGGGAAGCUCGAGCAUUUUCGGCACACUCUCGUCUGAUGACACGUCGGUGCCCGGUCAGGCUAUGAAGGAUCUGGUGAGGUUCGUUCCUAAUUAUUUUUCCAAAGGAUGGCCCCAGGGAGAGGAAGCCGAGAUCCGGGGGAUGUGGACCGGACUUCAAUGUCAUACAUCAGAUGGGUUACCCUUGAUCGGAAAGAUCCCUGGGUCCGCUUCAGGUCGUAAGAGUAGCGACGCCGAGUGGAUUUGCGGAGGAUACAAUGGAUACGGUAUGGACAAGACCUGGCUAUCAGGCGAGGCACUUGUGAAGAUGAUUGCUGGCGAAGGUGUGCCUGAGUGGCUUCCGAAGGCAUUUUUGCUCACAGAGACCAGAUUUGAGCAAGCCUUGACCCUCGAGAAAGCACUGGAUAGAUGGGUUUCGUUAGCACGAGAUUCAAACUAG